AUGGGACUUUCAGUAUAUAUUCAACGACCUCCACCACUCACAAUCCAGAAGGAACCGCCGCACGAUCUUAUCCGUCCGCUUCAGCCGCCGAAUUCGUCGUUUACCAUGCUACUCCACCCAGCCGAGAGGCGAGUGGAAUCCCUCGGCCCUCCGCAGCCGACUGUCAUUACCAAGCUUUGGGGAAAAGAAGAAGAAAAAGAAGAAGAAGAAGAAGAAGAAGAAGAAGAACACGCGGAGGAUGGUCAGCGAUUCGGUUGCCGGCAGGUCCUCCGGUGGUCGUCGUCGCCGUGGCGAUCUGUUUCUGGUCUACGAACUACGAGUCCCUCCCGAUUGGCAUCGCCUGUUCCGGUGGAGCUGCGGGUGGAGUGCGGCCUCCAGUUGCCGGCGGUUUGCGGUGGCGAGGUGUGUGGUCUUUUUGUGAGGUGGGGCUUUGGCAGCGUCUUGGUGGAGCGUGUCCUUCGUUGUGGUUGCCGGAGUAGCGGAAUGCGCCUCUCCCUCCCUCCCCUGUCGGCUAGUGGUGUUAGGCGGCGGGGGCCCUGGCUCUCCCGAGCUCCGCUAGUGGUGUUAGACGGACGGGUCGAUUCGGAGAUUGGUUCGGGCCUUAGUUUCUUCUACUGUAUAGGCUUGAUUGCAGUUUCGGUAGCAGUGGCUUGGCCUGGAUUUGUCUUGUGUCGAUCGGACACUGUUGCUUCGAUCCGUGUUCUUCCCCAAAUUGUUGCCCUAAUUUCGCAGCUUCAUCCUCUGAAAAUGUCGUACGCGUCUCGUACAAGCCCUAAUUCGCAACAUAGCGCUUCAUCCAAUAUCCCCGUGCAGAGGCUGUGCGGCUGUUUGGAUGAGGCCGAUGUUUUCACCUCUGGCACUGACGACAAUCCAUGUCGGAGGUUCUACAAGUGUCCAAAUAGAAAGGUAAAAGAUUGUGGUUUGUUUGAUUGGAUUGAUCCCGCAUUGCCUGAGUUCCAAAGGACAUGCUUCAUCAGAUUGAAGGCUGAAAAAAAGGCUUUAGAAGAAAAGUUACGGGCCAUGGAAAAACAGCACAAUGAUAGGUCGGGUGUGAAAUAA